GUGUGCUAACGGCUACAUUAGCUGUGAAACUUUUUUUUAUUACCGUAAUUAUGUAUUAUGUAAUUCUUAAAACUUUUAUAUUAUAAACCACUAAAUAAAUAAAUAUGCAUACAUUUAUUUUUUUCAAAUGCGCCAAUCACAGUGGUCUGCAUACAUCUGACUCCUCCUGUUGGAACUCACUUCGCAGAGCUCAACAAGCAGAGACACUUGGCUGAAGUUCACAUUGAUGCUCUUUUGAUUGCGCAAGCCAGGCUCGCUAGUUUAUUUGGAAGUGUACGUAAUGUCGGCAGGCACCAGAUCUGGGAAAGUUUUAAGAAAGAACACAACAGCAGCGAAGGACGACAAAAUGCUCCCCUCCGCCUCCGCUCAAACAUGUGACAUCAACUUUGACAGUGGUGAUGACUCCACAGAUACCCCCCAUGUCUCUGAACCGAAGAAAGGUGACCGGUCACCAACGGUGAAGAAUCUCCUCCAAAAGGCCAAGAUGAGAGAGCGGUCUCAAGAUAAGAAACUCCAGAAAGUGAUAAAGGAGAGGGAUGCUCUUCGCAAACAACUGGCAUACCUGUCUAAAGCUCCCAGAGAAGAACAAUCUUCAGAGGAAGACACUGCCUCCUGCUCAUCAUUGUCUUCAAUGAGCCGGUCCUCCUCCUGUUCUUCCUCCUCCUCCUCAGAUGAGAAGAUGAAACGAAAGGGCAAGGGAAAACUCAGACUUUCAAAGACAAAGAACAAAAUAAAGAAGGCCAGGAAGCACCACAAAGUGACUGAUGUCCGCAAAAGAGCCCGUGGCCCUUUUGAAGUGAUAAGAAGAUACAAGAAGGUCCUGAAAGCAUACAAUCGGGGCUUGAAAUUGUCGGCUUCCUGUGCAUACGCAGGGGUGAACGAACUCACAGUCAGGUCCACGGCAAGCAUUGCAGAGCUGGCAACAGCGUCACCUGCCGAGUUCACAAAGCUCCUCGAUAAAACCAAACAGGGAAAGCUGAAAGAUGUAGCAAAUUUAUGCGAAAACUACAUUAAAGGUGAUGCUCAGGUUCAGACAAAAAUAGAUGACUUAAAAAGUCAAUGCAAAUUAAUCCCGUAUGCAAAUACCCGUUCGUGUUGUUUUUUUCUAGUGUGGUUAAGAAAUAUUGCCUGUCUCUCACUCUGUCUUUCCCUCACUUUCUUGUGCUCUGUCUCACUGUCUUUCUCUCUUUUUCUCACGCUCUGGUUGAACCCCUCUCUCUUUCUCUGUUUAUUUGAUAUACCAUUUUAUACAUUCUGUUGGCAUUCUAGUUUGAUCAUCUUUUGAUCAGUUUAAUGAUCAGUGUUCCAGUAGACCAUCAGGUUAACUAUCAGUGGUCAGUGUUCCAGGAGAAAACAAAAAGCUAUUUGUGAGCUCUUUGAGAGUCCUUUGUUAGAGAGUUAUAAAUAAAGUAUUUUCAUCCCCCUUCCCAACAGUGUGUGCUGAGAUCAUUCAUUUCCAGUGUGAGAGUUAAAAUAUUUGCUAUCGUUAAUACAUGUUAUAAUAAAUAUUUGUAAAUGAUUAAUAAUUACUGUUCCAACUUUAUUAUAA